GUGGUGGGAGGGGUAUCCAUAGCAACAGCAGCUCUCACUUCCGUAAACAAUUUGGUUUGGCGUGUAGGACGAACGAGCUCCUGGAGGAUCUGGUUUAUUUUUAUUAUUAUUAUCCGUUCUGCUUAAAGUCUGAGCUGCCAUGGUUCACCUGACCGUAGAUCUGAUUGCCAGAUCUAACCAUCGCCUGAAGACCAAAAGAAAUUUCUCAACCCAACAUUAUCUCCAGAACUUGACUCAUCUCAACUUUUCAAAUCGAAACAUUGACAAAAUUGAUGAUCUGUCCGUGUGCAAAAACCUCACCGUCCUGUACUUGUAUGACAAUCAAAUCACACACAUCUGCAACCUGAAUUUUGCUUCCAAGCUCACACACUUGUACAUGCAGAACAACAAGAUCACUCACAUAGAGAACUUGGCAGGUUUGCAGAUGCUCUCCAAAUUGUUUCUUGGGGGCAACAGCAUUACACUGGUCGAGGGUUUGGAGCAACUGAGAGAACUGAGGGAGCUGCACAUCGAAGGCCAGAGGCUCCCACCAGGAGAGAAGCUUCUCUUUGACCCUCAGACUGUCCACAGCCUGUCGAAGUCUUUAUGUAUUUUGAAUAUCAGCAACAACAAGAUUGAUGAGGUACAGGAUCUGGCCGUCCUUAACAAACUGACACAUUUCUAUGCUGCAGAAAACCAGUUAGAGGACAUACAGGAAUUGGAGACGGUCUUUAGCCAGUGGCCUCAACUGCAUCAAAUGGAUUUGCAGGGAAACCCUGUCUGUCGUAAACCCAAAUACCGAGACAGAAUAAUAACUUCAUGCACAAGACUUGAGGAACUUGAUGGGAAAGAGAUAAGUGAGUUGUCUCGGCAAUUCUUAAUCAAAUGGAAAGCCUCAAAAGAUGCCAAGAAGAAUAUAACAGAUGGAAGAAUCAAAACAGGACAAAUCACAUAUCCAUUUUUUGCUAAUUUUCACAUGGGCCCUCAACAUCUCUUCGCCCACAAUACUGCUGCCAUUCUGGGGAAGAGGAAGCCGCUUCAGUUUAGGAGACCCAACAUGAAUACGAGGUCAAGCGCAGUGCGGACAGAUUGCGGAGGCGUGAGGACGAAGAAUCAUGAAGACCCCCUGAGCGCAGGACUAAUUACAGAUAUUCAAGAGACUGUAGUUCAGACUCACAUGGCUCUCUAAGCAUCCUCUAGAAGAAACUUUGUGGACCUCUUAGAUGUUUCCCAUGGCCUGCAGCGCACACGCAGACAGUUCAUGACGAGUGCAUGUGGAGUGGAUCUAAGCUUUCACAAAAGAUCAACUCCACAGUAAUUGUCUGUCAUGAUGUCAGAAUGUCAGAAUUCAGAGCUGUAACACUGACAGCAAGGACUAUAAAUCACAUUUCAUUCUAUGUGCUCAUACCCUGCCUGUCUUCGAUCAGAUUAUUGACAUCUACUUGAUUAAACAAUGGCAGUAAGAAUUUCUGGGUUUAAUCACAAUUCAAGAGCUUUAUUUUUUUUUUUUGUUAUAAAUAUAAUAUUUGUUGAAGAUCAGGACUUCUUGAGGCAGUGUUUAAAGUAAAAUAUAUUUUUAAUACUUUUUCUCUUUGCUUUGUGUCUUUGUGUACACUUCUGAAGUCACAGCCAGUUUAGUGUUGUUGUUGUUUUUUGUCAUAAUAUUGAAAAGGAUUUCUUUUAAAAAGGAAUUUUUUUUUGCAUUAUUAAUUGCAUUUGAAAUAUUAUUCUGCUACUUGUAAAAUUUUCUGUGAACAAACCUUAAAAUGCUCAAUUUCUCACAUCACUUUUUUAGCAUUUUUUAUUUAUUUCAUUUUAAUCGAUUUCACGUGUUUUCCGUUGCACAUUGAGCCAUCGUGUGUAAUGUAGGUUACCAUAAAUAUAUUCACUGUGAAGCAAUGAAGAACACACUGCAAUCAAACCUCUCAUUUGAUCACUGUAACCUACAAUAAAGCCCAUGCUGUAAUUGGUCUA